UGCUCAGGACUUCACACAGCUCUGAGAGAACAUCUGGAACUUCAUUUCAGAGAAGUGGAUCUAUCAUGACUGCCAGGAUCCAGGGAACAGGGAGCCGGGACAAACCUGUGCCAAAGAGCCGAGCUGCAGAGAUGAGGGUGAGGGUCAGGAGGGCUCUGCUGCUGGUGGGGGGCAUGCUCAGUCUGUCCCUGCUGCUGGUAGUGCUGGGAGUCUACACGACCACCCGAACAGAGAGCCUGAACGUGACCGGCUACAUCUCUGGGGUCAUUCUGACACUCGGCUCCUUCUUGGGACUUCUGGGGCUCUACCUUGAAGAAAACCGCAAGCAGCUGCUGACGGCUGCCAUCAUAUUCCUCAGCUUUGGGAUCAUCGCUGCUUUUCUGUGCCUGGUGAUUGACGGCGUUUGUACUGUCUUAAGCAUGGACAUGCGUCCACUGAGCGCGGGGAGAUGUCAGUACUACAGCAGCGGCAGCAGCUACCUCUAUGAGAAUUUCUACACCUCAGUUUCAUGUUGGAAUCUGAAGGUGUCUUGCACCAUGACAGUCAGAAGUGGGACCUGCUACUGCUGCGACCUGUACGACUGCGCCAACGGAGGCUACCUCAGCAACUACUACGAGUUUGUUGGAGUCGAUAGCUGCGAGGAAGUUUUCACUCUCUACAUUUUGAUCUGGAUCCUCACUGGCCUGAACCUCGUGGCGCUCUUCACAGGGAUCCUGGUCACAGCGGUGCUCGGCAGCAUCAAGGAUCUGAGGAAUAACACCACUCUGAUCGAGUCUCCUGAAGGCACCGCGACUUCCCCAACAGCUCCUCGACUGAUGAACACCAACACACUCACAGUUCCGCAGCUCUACCCAGAAGUCUCGAUGUAUUUCCCUCCUGCAGAAAAAGCUCCUGCGUCACAGAGUUUUCCUUCUUCAUCAUCGACAUCUCACUCGGAGUCGAGUCCUCCUCCCUUCGCCCCUCUGACCAACCUGCUGCCGUUCAGAGCCCAAGGCGUCUCGGCCUGAACUCCACCAGCAGAAAACCACCGAAAAACAUCUAGAAAGGGAUAAACAGAUGCUUCAUUAUUAUCUUCACUAAUUACUAUAUAUAUUUUUUUUAUUUUAACAAAAAGAAAAAUACCCUUUUGUGAAUAUUAUGUAUGAAUACAAUAUGAAGAUUUUUUUGUUGUAAGGAUCCAAAAGCAGACAUGAGAAAUGUAUGUAAAGUGCCACUGCCACUUUCAAAUGUAUGCACCGUUUAUAUCAUAUUUUACUGUAUUUUACUUAUGUUGUACAAUGUUUAUAAAUGAAUAUUGUGCGGUAAAAAUGUGAUUUAUAAAUAGACAGCAUGUGCACAUCGGCAAUUGGCUGUAACUCAAACUAAAAGAAGAAUUAUAAUCUUACAGGGGCAUAUGUAUGUACAUAUGUACUCGUUUAUUAUACUUCCUUUUGUUCUGAAUGAAUUUUUCACUUCACAAACGAAUUGAUCCUAAUGUGUCAAGUUAAAGUGCAUCUGCAUCAACAGUAACUCACUGUUAUGUCAUGUUUAUAGCAGCGUUUUUGAAAAUCUGCAGCCACUAAACUGAAAUGAGGAGAGGGUUAAUUGAAUCUGAUCUAAGUGCCACAUAUGAACACUAUUUUAUACAUUAUAAUGGGUUAAUAUUUCAAUAUUUUGAUGAAAUAAAUGA